CCUGCUUCGCUACAGGUAUGGUAUAAAUCAGAGCCACAAAGGCCUGAUUGAUUGACGCUUGUCCUUGUAGUGAUUUUCUGUAGCUCUGUUAAAAUUCUACUGUGGAUUCCUCCUCGGCAUCCUGACCGCGGGCACUGGGUUUGGCCAGAUGGCCGACUCUCUGCAGCCACUGUGCAUGUGGGGAUGAUCAGAGCUUUAGAAAUGCCUUCAUAGCCUUUGUCCUGAUCUCUGCCUCACAACAAACUCUGAGAGAGUUCCUGAGAAGUCAGACUUCAUUUAUCCCCUUGGGGAAAUUAAUUCUCUGCAUUUAACCCAUACACAAACAACUAGUAGCAGUGAGCAUCCACACGUGCUGGUGGGAUCAACGGGAUUUAAACAGGCAACCUCCCACUAACCAGACCAAAGCUGUACCCACUGAGCCACCAGACCAAUCAGACUUCUAGUCUGUAAGUGAAAUGCUGGCAUCCAUACAGCCGACAAGCCAGACCACAUGCGGGGGGGCAGUGUUCACACUGAAAUCAUCUCCUCUAAUAAUAUAGAAGUGUAUAGGCACUAAUAAGCCAUGAAAUAAUAACUAAGUGGGAAAGUUGCGGCAAAGUCAGCGGUCAACUGGGGUAUUAUUAGCUCCGGUUCUGUUUUCUCGUCUGUGUGGUUGUGCUGUGAGUCUGCUUCACAUGCAGCCCUGUGUACCAGACGUCUGUGUCCAUCUGCUCGUUUGUAUUUCUGUCUGUCUCUUUGUUCUCACUGUGUGUGUGUGUGUACGUGAGAGAGAAAGAAAGAGAGAAAUAGACUGUAACUGACAGUCAGUGUGUGUGUGUUUCACCCUUUUGCCAAUUAGCGGCUCCUCACCUCUGGAGGCGAGAGGCUGAGUGUGUGUUAGACGGAGGAGGGUUACUGGAUGGUGCUUGUCUGCAGCUGACAGAUCAGCCUAAACCUGAACUCUCACGCUCGUGCUCCCUCUAUCGCUCUAUCUCUCACACACACACACACACACACACACACACACACACACACACACACACACACACACACACGCACACACGCAUGCAAGGCAUGAGCUCCAGCCAGUUGUUGAUAAUACAGUCUUGUCUGUCUCACAGUCCACGCGACACACCGAAUUCUGACAGCAUUGUGUUUGUAAGGCGAAGGCGCGAGACUGGCAAAGACGAGUGCCAGCCUGCACCAGUGUGCUUGUGUGCUUUUGUAUGGAGAAAUGCAGCGUGUAUUAUUGUGUGCUGGCAGUAACUGCUGCCUGUGUGACUUUACGGAGUAAAAAUAAUAGCCUAACAGACCGAGAAGCUGCUGCGGCAGCCUGGCGUGCACAGAAUACUGUAAACCCAGUGCCUCUUCAGUUCAGUCAGUGUAACUCAUUCUGUUUGAAAGUGUUUUCUGCAUGUAAUCAUCCUAAACAGACUUGACAUUCUGCUGUUUAAUUAUUGAAGAAACAUUCUUUAUGUUUAUUAUUCAUUAGGUUUAUUAUCCUGUUUCUAAUGUCUUCUGUUGUAACUUCAGACAUUUUUUAAAGCUACUCGAUAUCUUCAAAGCAGUUCUGGGAAGAGCUGAGUUAAAAUAGUCAAUAAAAAAAGCCUUUUCUUGAGCCAUAACAAUGACAUUUUGAGAUCUCUUUUGCAGUAUAUUUAAGGUUACCUCUUCAUAGCCCCGAAUCAAUCUUUAGAGUUUAGCAUUUCAGUUCCCACGAAAUGCAACAGAAAAUGUAGUUCUCGUCGAACCAGUACAGAUAAAAGCCUUCUUAGGAAAGCUGUGGUUUUAUUUGUUUGACACCAGUUGUUAGUGAUAACAGACAGGCUCAUGAGAACCCUUUUGCUAAUACUGAAGUUCUAGGCUCUGAAUACUUUCCAUUGUUAUGUCUUGUACUAAACUAAAGUAAAAUGUGUAUAGGGUAUAAUUGUAUUUGCCAAAAACACUGCAUUAAAUGUUAAAACUAUAAACUUGAUCACUGUGACCAAAGCUGUGUGUCGGAGGUGUUCACUGUCUGCUAGGCCAACUCAUCUGUGAACGACACAGUCCACAGAUGAGUUGGACUGAGUUGGACAAACUAGAAAUAUUAUAUUCAAGAUUCAAAAAUGAUAUUACUGCUCUGUAUUAUGGUAAUAAUUUAUUUCAGUCAUUGAGUCAUGUUUUUAGAAAUAAAAUCAUUCCUCUGUCUUCAUUUAAGGUUUCACACACCCUGAAGCAAAAUAAAAGAGAACCGCCCUAACGGUGUAAAAGGUGCAGUGAAGUUCUGCAAGUACUCAAAAGCCCAUGGAACACUCAAACAGAACUUGAGACAACAGUUUGAUCUAGUUUUAGACGAACGGAGCGUGGACCUGGUGCUAGAGUGCUCUUAAUACGGCUUGUUCUUGUUUGGGGAACUUCGUUUAACCACAAAGCGUGUGGUACCACAGUGGGAGCUCGGGCUCGGCUAGAGUCGGCAGCGGGGCUACUAAAGGCAGAAGAGAAGAGAAGAGAAGAAUCACAAGAGGAAGAGAUUUAUUUUUGAGAUAAAAAGUUAGAACACCUGUAAAAGUCAGUGUAAAGGUCAGACUGGCGAUGGCUGUAGACCUGCGGCUGGAGGGACCUAAUUCAGACAAACCAGACGUGCACUGCAGCAUCUUAGAUUUGCAUCCACCUUCGUCUGCCAUCCUCCUUUAAGUCUUUUGCAUUCAGACAUAGCAAGAUAUCUUUUUAAAGGACUAAUAAACCACAAAUCACUGAACGGCUGUGUGCUGACGGGCUUUUCAUCCCCAUGCAUGGAUUGUUGAUGAAGAAAGAUGGCAGCGAGACUCACCGGCGCCACCCCUUUUCCUCGCCCACCUUCCCUCUCCCCCGUUCGAACCGGUUAAGGUUGGUGUAUCCAUCGCAGCAUCGGCAGCAGCGGGCCGAGUACGGAAGGGAGCAGUAUGCAGGAAACUGACCUACCGGCCACCAAUGCCUUCAAAGAGUGCAAGUUCCACUGCACCAAUGGGAAUUGUCUGCAUCUGGGCUCACUGAUCUGCAACCAGCUGAAUAACUGUGGAGACAACAGCGAUGAGGAGAACUGCCCCGUGGUCACCCAGCACCCCCCUCCAGGCAUCUUCAACUCUGAACUGGAGUUUGUUCAGAUCGUCAUCAUCAUCGUGGUCAUGACAGUGAUGGUGGUAGUGAUCAUCUGCCUGCUCAACCACUAUAAACUCUCCACCUGGUCCUUCAUGACAAGGCAGAGCCAGGCUCGCAGGCACGACCAUGCCCUGCAGCAGGAUGGGUGUCUGUGGCCUUCAGACAGCGGCUCUCGACAAGGCGCUUCGGAGGUAUUAUUUGCUGCCCAGACCAGGGAUCGCUUCACAACUCCCUCCUUUAUGCACCGUGAGCGAUUCAGCCGCUUCCAGCCCACCUACCCGUACCUGCAGCACCAGAUCGACCUGCCGCCCACCAUAUCGCUGUCAGACGGGGAGGAGCCCCCGCCGUACCAGGGGCCCUGCACCCUGCAACUUCGCGACCCCGAGCAGCAAAUGGAGCUUAACCGGGAGUCGGUAAGAGCGCCGCCCAACCGGACCAUCUACGACAGUGACUUGAUCGACAUGGGAGGUGGUGGGACGCUGGGAGGGGUGGGAGGAGGAGGUGGAGGCGGCCCGAGGCCACCCAGUAGUAAUUCGGGCAUCAGCGCGACCAACUCCAGUAGCCACGGGCGAAUGGAGGGACCCCCUCCAGCGUACAGUGAAGUGAUGGGCCACUACCCCGGCUCUGCGUUCUUUCUACACCAGCACAACAAUAACCAGAGGGUCUGUGGGCCAGGAAGCAGGACGAUCCAGCAGCAGAGCCAAUCAGAAAGCACAAUAGUACCUGCCAAGGCCAAGGACGGCCAACCGGAGGACAUGGUGUGAAGAAGGGGACAGAGAGACUGGAAACUGCCUCUCCUCCAUCACACCUGUAAGCAGUGGUGUCUCUAUCACCAGUUACAUGUUGCCCUCAUGCCCUUGCUCCAAACUCCCAUGCACAAAUAAAUAUCAAGCCUAGCUACAAGAAAACAAGGAAGAGUUUCUCUCAAUCGUUAGGAAAUGAACAGUUCGUACAUCUGGGGCCAGGUGUAUCGCUGCGACAGAGACUUUGAUUUUUCUGGUGGCACAGAUGAAAACUAUUUAAAUCGUUUUUGUACCGGUCCGUUUCGAUGCGGGUCUGUCCCGAGGAUUUGAGGACACUGUUGUUUUUGUUCCAGUUUUGUUCUUGUUCUUUUCGGGACCGGGAUCUGUGCACAAAGCAAGAACUGAGAAUUGAGGACAUACAAAAACUCCUAACUAAAUCCUAGUGCCAAGGUUCCAAAGGAGCAGAAUAUCUGGGGGAGGUCAAGAAAAUGCUCCUUCAACAUUCAAACACAAAAAGACAAGAUAUCUAAAAGUUGCACUAUUUUUUUGUUGUUGUUAAACAAGAGAAGAGGGAAAUUAUUCCAUGGUGUGAUGGUGGUCAUGUAUUAGGGUUUUGUGUUUUGUUUUAUCUUUUUAAGUUUUUCUAUCUAAAGAAACUGACUGAACUCUGGCUCCAAAGUUGGGAGCAAAAAAGUAUUAUAAGCUUGUGUCCCUCCCCGUUCAUGUUCUUUCUUUUUUUUGUAAUUCUUGGAAACACAAGAAAUACUCAUAGCCAGCCUACUUCUGUCUGCUUACACCCAGGCACCGUGAGACUUAGUAAGAGAAUCAUCCUGUUCAGCUUUCGCAUCCGUGUGGGGAUGAAAUUUGCCCAGUAACCAGCCAAUGGGCUCAUAAAAGCUUUCUUCCUCCCUUCGGUAGUUUGUUAGAAGAUACGAUGAUGGGACUGGAUUUGAAGUUGGAUAUCAAAUUGACAAGAAAACUAAGUACCAAAAUCACAAAAAAACUGUCCAUCCAGUAGCUUGGUCACAGCACAUUCUGUUCUCAGCCCUGUCCCAACCUCGGAACAACUCGAUACUUCCAGUUUCAGUUUCCUGUUACCUUUGUUCCCCCCCCCCCCCCCCCCCCCCCCCCCCCCAACCCCCAAUUUAGUGUUGAAGCUCAACCCCACUCACCAUGGAGAGAAAAAAAAAACACAAAGGAAGAAGGCUCAGUUUUCUGUCUUUAUGUCGCUAAAGCCACAAAAAAUACAAAACAAAAAAGAUUCCUGUCUGCAUCUGCCAACUAACGGAAUAGGGUCCUAAACCGUCUGGGGUCAAAGGGCUAAGGGAGGGUCCUGUUUUUGUAACAGGAACAACUUUUUGAAAAUCUAGCCUUUCUCUCAGCUGAUUGUUGCCUUCUCUGCUUGUGAGCGUUCUGUCUCUCUCACUUUCAUCUUUCCCCCUCAACACUAUAUCAUCCCCACGAUGCUUCCCCAGUAUUUCUAGACAACAUGGCAUCAUCAUCUCUCUCUCUCUCUGUCUGUCCUUCCAUUCGUGCACAGACAGAGUGCAUUUAAAUAAUGCAGAGUCUGCCAGGCCCGUGCGUGCGUGCGUGUGAGAGAACCAAAAAGCGUAUUAUAGCACAUUUUGGCCGGUCCUCAUUUCUUUGAAGGCCUGUUUGAUUGUUAAGAUGGGAUUUUAGGGCUGAGGUUAGAGUUGGGUUUUGGUUCACAUUAGAGCAAAAGUUAGACGUCUGCCUUUAGUUGUGAUGGUUUGGGUUAGGGUGAGGGGCUAGGGAAGGCUUUAUGUCAAUGGAGGUCCUCACUUUGAUGUAAGUGUGUGUUUCCUAAAUAUAGUGACUUAAAGUCACCUUUAAGUCCAGAGACUAGGUGACUUACUGUAGAUCUCCCCCAGUCUAUAUUAACAGCAUUAACAAGACCUUCUUUCUGUGGAGCAUCCCAAGAGCCAGAUGUAACAUCACUCCACCCCACCAGCUCUGUGUGAGAUGCACUGGCCCCGAUACAACAGUAGUUUUGAUGAUGCGUUAAAGUAUAAAAUGUGUGGUUUUAUCCAUCAGCACAAAGUCUUAAUGGGGUUCUCAAAAGAAAUAAUAGAGGCAACUUACAUUAAACUGCUGUAUCGCCUCACGUUGCCUCCGUCUGGCAGACUUUCAGUCUAUGAUACGCGCUGGUUUACAUGUCCAGCUGGGUCACCAGGCACAGUGUGUGCAGAAACACGUUUGGGCUGCAUAUGCACAUCCAUUUGUAAACCACACAGACUUGUGUGCUGUGCUGUGGUGACGCAUGUGGACAGAAAGCAUGACUGCGUUCACACCACGGUAAAAACCACGCUUACAUACAUUCAUAGUAUGGAAUUGGGACCCAGAUGCCAAUGAGCAUCAUCUGAGUGUUAGGUUUGAUUCCCAGUAGGAUGAGCUACCAUCCCCUCAGUGUGCACUUAACAGCUCACAUCUCCUUUUGCACCCUGCAGACGCCGUGAUGAGAGACAAACGGCACCAGAGUAUUUGAAUGUUUGCUCGACCGUCUGUGUGACCGCAUCAAUGCUGCUAUUGUCGCUGCUACUGCUACUGUUGUUGCUCCUGCUGCUUCCACUGCUCGUCCACCUCGUCCCCCGAACUCACCCCAAACAGGGACAGAAAUCGGCCCCUCUGCCGUCAAAAGCACAAGUCUUGAGACAUGAAGAGUUGUUUUUAUUUGGCUCCACACUGAUGUCUGGGUACAGAACCUGUCCCAACACUUUAGCCUUUGACUGUACGGACCUGCUCAAAGCCUCCAUCUCUCCCUGUCCUUUCCUUUCUCCUUUCCAUGAGUUUCUCUCGGCUUGUUCCACAUGCGCAGUCAUAGCUUGUAAAUGGAGGACAUAAAGAUGAAUUUUACUGUUUUCUACGAGGAGGUUUGCAUGUUACUAUUAUGUGAGUAAAUAAGGUGCCUAAUGUUCAUGUUUGAGCAGACCACACCUCUGUCAAGCUGCAGUUCAGAAUGCCUCCAGCUGCUGCUCGCCGGCACCGGUCUUGUCUGGCGGAGUGGACCCGGAACAGGAGAAUUCCUUAAGCAUAGGACUGGAGCUGAGCCUUGACCUUGUCGCGUCCGCUUCCAUUGUUGCCAGACGGGAGUGGGCUCACCCGGCGAAGCAGCCGGAGCCAUUCGGACCGGUACCCUGGCCGAGUGUGGAGCAGACAUAGGAACCCACUUGCACUCAAAAAAGCUCCCACCUUCGUUGUGCCUCACUUCCAACGGUGCUUUUUUUCAGUAGUCUGUCUUUCUUUGUUUGUUUGUAAGGUGCUGUAUAUAACUUGAAUAUAUUAUGCACAUAUCCUACCCAAUGGGUAGAAACCACAAAAAAUGUUGUGAAUAAUGUAAUAUAAUGUAUAGACAAUAUAAGAAUUUUAAGAAGGCAGCAUCAAAUUUGUAAAUGCCUACAUGCUUUGUCCUUUUUUUUUUUUAAAUGAAAAACAAUGGUUUGCAAAUGCGUAGAACAUGGUUGCAACACAAAUACAAACCUAUAAUAUUUUGCUAUUACUAAUAGUCUGUUAUGAUAAGGAUGAGAACCUCUGGAUUCAGGACAUGGUUGUUUUGUUCUGUCAGCCAGCAGCGCUGCCUGCGGCUUCAGUUCUUCUCUUUCCCAAAGUCUAACAGAUGUACAGUUGUGUUACAGAGAUCUUUAACCACACAUGCCUGGCGUUUCAACGGUGUAGUUUGGGAGACAUGACGGCUGCACACAGAGUAGACGAAUCCUUCUGUGCUCCUUGGUCUGUAACUGUCUGCCAAACGGUGAAAUUCAGCAACUUUCGAUCACAUGAUCUGUAAAGCGGAAAGUUGUUUUUUUUUCUGUGUUUUCCUUUCUCUGGUGGAGAUGUGUGAAAAAGCCGUUAAACUAUGAUUUCACCUUUCAAGGUUUGUUUUCUUUUCUACGUUACAGCGGUAUAUGUGGCACAGUAUAUUGACAUGAGCGUCAUGUUUAACCUGCAGUCAUGUAUUUACUGAAAAUAACUCCACUGUACAAUAAUCGCAGAGCAUGUCCAUUCUUCUCUAUAGACGAUAUACAUAGCAACACGCUAUCAUCUCCUCCGAGCACCAAAUAAGGGGCAGUUGUGUAGUUUUUCUCCAAACCCAAGGUACGGUGCAUUGGGCGGAAGCGUCACUCGGCCCUGUGUCACCGUUCGUCGUUGUUUCCUACACUGGCUUGAAGAACUAACAUGGGUUCAGACUGAUCUGUAUGGCGUCCACCUGCCUGAGUGUGCUCCCUUUUUCCACUUAUUAACUCUGUAUUCAACUGCUGACCGCAAGUAACCAUGAUAAUACCAAAUGAUAUAAUAACAAACAUAACAGUCUGGACAGUUUUUAGGACUUCUUCCAUCAUGGGUUUCAUCACAGCAAACCUAAGUUUGCUUUAUUUACAAAAAUGAAUUCUUCUUGUCCCGCCCACCCCCUCUGUGUUGGAAUAUAUAUAUUUACGUAAAUAUAUGUAUUUUUUCAUGCAUUCAAACGCAGUUGCUUGUCCACACUAUGUUGCGUCCGUUAUACUUUGAAUGGAUACAUUUUCGAGUUUUAUCAGUCAGUCUGCUCUUACGCUAAAAACAUUUAAUUGAUAGAGUUUGAAACAUGUAUUCACUUUAUCAUUAUGGAGAUUUUAACCAUCAAAAAUUCACCAUGGCAACGCAACAAAGUGUGCUAAAGUGAAGCGACUGUGUGUGUAUGUGUACAAACACAGAGGUAGAAUUGUUGUGUAUUUUUGCCUCACUUUAUUUAAGCAAUUGUGAUGUAAUAGGUUUUAGGCCUAAGGUCUGUUAUUGCAAUACUUUUACAGAAAAGAAGAAAAAGAGGAAAAAAAUGAUGCUCUAAGUGCUGUUGUAGUUAAAGAUUUUAUGCUUGUACUUAUGCUGUAGUCAAACUGCAGCGUAACGAAUAAAAGGUUAAGUGAUCAA